AUGGAGGAGAUCAGGAAACAUCUUCGGCUCCUCCAAGAGCCCCAGCUGGUCGCUCGCUUCCAGCGAGUCUGCGGGAUCCGCGCCGCCGCUCGGUCAGCGGAGCGGGCUGACUUUACCAACAACGGGGCUGUCCAUCAUUACACAGCCGGCGAAACUGGAGAGGAAGUUUUGGCUUGUUGCGGAGUUCAGAGGAGGAGUCCAGGUGAGAGCGGGCAGAGUAAAGUGGAGCAGGAGGUGGAGGAUGUCUCCCCUAACGGAACCGCUCCGCCCGGGGAGGUCAGGACUCUGAAGCCGCUCCGCAGGAACUCGUUGACGGGAGAGGCGGGGCAGGAGUUUGUCAUCCAGAACCGGUUCCUGUUCUUCUUUUUCACCCUGGGAACGGAGUUGGGCAACGAGCUGUUCUACACCCUCUUCUUCCCUUUCCUCAUGUGGAACGUGGACGCGUUCGUGGGCAGGAGGUUGAUCAUGGUGUGGGUGUGGGUCAUGUUCCUGGGUCAGUGCACCAAGGACGUGUUGGGCUGGCCCAGACCCGCCUCUCCACCCGUGGUCAAAGUGGAGAUGUUCUAUAACUCUGAGUACAGCAUGCCCUCCACCCACGCCAUGUCCGGCACCGCCAUCCCCUUCUCCCUGUUCUUCCUGAGCCAUGGCCGCUGGCAGUAUCCUUCGUCGCUGGGCUUCAGCGUGGCUAUCUGCUGGUGUAUGUUGGUUUGCUCCAGCCGGAUCUACAUGGGGAUGCACUCAGUGCUGGACGUCAUCGUCGGUUUUCUCUACAGCGUCCUCAUCCUCCUCUUCUUCCUCCCCGCCUUGGACCUGAUCGACGGCUUCAACCUGAACUCCCGCUUCGCUCCGCCGGUCAUCAUCGUCAUCACCCUGGCGCUGGCUCUGUUCUCCUUCACCCUGGACUCCUGGAGCACGUCCCGGGGCGACACUGCCCAGAUCCUGGGUGUCGGUGCCGGCGUGGCGCUGGCCUCGCAUGUAAACCGGCUCUGGGACCUCAUGCCGGACGUGGCGGCGGAUCAGCUCCCGCUCACUGUGCCGGCUCUGAGCGCCGGCCUUUUCUGGGCCGCCAUGUUGCGGCUCUUCCUGGGGGUGCUGGUUCUGGUGGCCACCCGGGCCCUGAUGAAAGCCGUUACCAUCCCAGUGGUGUGCCGGCUGAGCAGGGUUCCUAGCUCGGACCUGAGGAAGGCCCGGCAGAACAUGGAGGUAGAACUGCCCUACCGCUACAUCGUCUACGGAACCAUGGGCUUCAGCCUCCUCUUCCUUGUUCCGCUGCUCUUCACCCACCUGGGGCUCUGAUCACAGGAUGUGACAUCAGAGGAGGACAGGAAAUGGAUUUCGGAACCACCAGUUUUAUGUCUCCAGCUUGGACCAAUCAGAACCUCCAAGCUGAUCUGGUUCCACCUGAUGGAUCAAGACCAGAGGCUGGUUCUGGAGGAUAUCUGUGGAUCCACAGAACCAUGAUCAGAUUAAAACAGAUGUUCUGGAGGUUCUAGGGUCGGAUCCACAGCAGAAACUCUUUAAAGGAACAGUCCAGACAUCUAGACUAAGGUUCUGAUGAAACCAGCUAUAUUCCUACCCACGAGGGGGCGGUCCCGGAACCUGCUUCCUAUUCCAGGUGGACCAUGUUCAGAACCUUUAGCACAUCAACGAGCCAGACCUGUUCUAAUCAAGCAGUAGAUAUUCUAUACCUAGAUGCCAUCUGACCAUCAUGAAACA